CCUGGUCCACCAACAAGUGGCUUCGCCGCCUCGCUUUCCUCUCCGUGUCCGCCCCAAUCCCUAAUAACCCCACCCUUCCCCUUCUCCUACCCGGACAAGGACCUCGACCUCGACCUCGACCUCGCCCCUGCAUCGGAUCCAAAUCCAAUCUCACUCCCCCGCUAUCCUGCCUCACCCCACCCCUACUCCCCCAACCCUCGCCCCAAAUCCAUCCCAUCUCCUGCGCGCAAGCAGGCGCGCCAUGGCCACCCCGACCCCAACCCUCCACAUCAAAUCGGCCGCUCGCAAACUCCCCAUCAAGCGCAAGUCCUCUUCUGACCCCAACCCCAGUCCCAUCUCCAUCCCCAAUCCCACACCCGACCCACUACCCCUCGCUCUCCAGCCCGAAGCCGAUGCCCCCCUCGCUGUCCUCCCACCGGACAGCGGCUACGACGACGAGGACGACGACGACGCCGAAGACGACGAGGAAUCCGAAUACGGAUCGGCCGCCGCCGCUGCGGCCGGCAUCGAAGGCGCAACGGGAGGUUCCGCCGGCGCAGGCGAUCUGCGCUCCCCGCCCUUCAAGUUCCACCGGAUUUGGUCCGAGUCCGACGAGAUCCGCUUCCUACAGGGCCUCCUCGGCUGCUGGUCCCAGGGCAUGGUCUUCCCCCGCGACCUGAAUCUUUUCUACGAUCGCUUCUCGGAGUCGAUGCCCCAGCCCUACAACCGGUCCCAGCUCUCCGAGAAGCUCCGCCGCCUCCGCAAGAAGUUCCGCAUCAUGUCCGGCCGCAUCGCCCGCGGCCAGGACCCCUCCCGCCUCGCCCCUCACGACCGCGACCUCCUCCACCUCUGCACCCGCCUCUGGCACCCGUCCUACGCCUCUUCCUCCCCAUUCUCCUCCCCCGAUGCCUCCGCCGCCGCCGGCGGCGGCGGAGGCAACAAGCGCCGCCGCCCCAACCCUCGAGCCCCCUCCGGCCGCGGCCGUGCCGAGGCCCCCCCAGCUCCCCAGCUCUCCCUCCCUCCCGCUCCCGCUCCCCCUCCCCCGCCCUCCCUCCCCGCCCAACCCGCGCCUCCCCUUCCGCCUCCCGCCCCCCCUGUCAAUGAAAAGAGCUUCUUUGAUGACGCCAAUCUGGUCGAUAUUCACCCUGUGCUUGUAAAGGAAGAGCCUUUGCCUGCGAGCAGUGACAUUGCUGGGAAGGAGGGGCCAGGAAAUCUGGUAGCGAGAACCAUCUUGGAUGUGUUUGAUGGGUGCCUGAAGGAGCUACAGACGACUCUGAGCCAGCAGGGGCUUCUUGCAAGCCCAGACGGUGCUUUGGCUUCUGGUUCUGAGGAGAGCGAGCUGUUGAGGAGGUGGCGGGAGCAGCGGGUUGCGGAGAUGGAUGUGCUGGCCCGGCGGUUGAGGUUGGUUUUUGAGACUGCGACCAAGAAUUGAAUUGAACUGAAUGGGUGAAUGUUUGCUAUCCUGUAAAAAGAAUGGCUUGGUCGCUUUAUGGGUUUCUAUAUGAACUUUAGUCAUGUUUUUAUUUCCCGUUUUGGUCUUGGGGUUCUGUACAUCGUUCUACCCAUGGUUAUAGUUUGUUGAUUUUCAUGCUUUGUUAGCAUAAGUCUAGUUUUGAUGAUUUUCUAGCAAGCUAACGAUGCAUGAUUGUUUCAAGCAAACAGUUUCCUUGAAGGAAAUCUCUGCUAAUGACAGUGAAUUGAAUUAUAUAAUCAUUCUUUAAUUA